AUGGACAAUACCAUGGCAGCAAAUUAUCGGCUUUCCGGAGACGAUCGCUACAAUUCUGUUCUGAAUCCAGAAUUGACAUCUCAACUAAGCAACAAUCAGGAUGAGAGCCGCGACAGUAGAGCUAAUGCUGAAUCAAAAAAUGGCGAAAAGAAGGAAUUGACUGAAGCAGCGGGUUAUGAUCAUCUGGGCUAUAGUUUUCCCAUUUGGAGAAAAUGGCAGAUUUUAUGCGUGAUGUUUUGCAUUCAGAUUUCGAUUAAUCUGAAUGCGAGUCUCUAUGCCAACGGUGUUCAAGCGAUCUCCAAGCAGCAUAAUGUCAGUGAGCAGGUUGCAAGGAUCCCACAGUUGACUUUCCUCUGCGCUUAUGCCUUCGGCUGUGAGCUUUGGGCACCAUGGAGUGAAGAGCUUGGACGAUGGCCAACCCAACAGCUUAGUCUCCUCCUUGUGAACAUAUGGCAAUUUCCCUGUGCAUUCGCCCCCAAUUUCGCAACCUACAUAGUGGUGCGCUUGCUUGGUGGGCUGAGUACAGCUGGAGGCUCAGUGACAUUGGGAGUUAUUGCAGAUAUGUGGGAGCCCGAUGAUCAAGAAUAUGCCGUUGCGUUUCUUGUGCUGUCUUCUGUUGGUGGAUCUGUUGUUGGUGCGGUGGUAGGCGGCUUCGUGGAAGUGCGACAGCCCUUGAUCUGGAUCUUUUGGGUUCAACUCAUUGCUGGAGGCGCUGUUCAAAUAAUGCACUUCUUUCUCGUUCCGGAAACCCGAGCUACCAUCAUACUUGACAGAGUUGCAAAGAAGAGACGAAAGGCUGGCCCUGGAACGGUCAACAUUUGGGGACCCCAUGAGAUUUACGGCUAUUCACUAUCGCCGCGCGAAAUUUGGGCUGUGUGGAAACGACCAUUCAAAAUGCUACUCACCGAGCCGAUAGUGAUGUGGCUUUCUUUGCUAAGUGGCUUUAGUGACUCCUUGAUUUUCACAUUUCUUCAAGGAUUCCAGCUAGUCUAUAAGCAAUGGGGGUUCGGGACAAUUCAAAUUAGCCUUGCUUUCAUUCCACUUCUUAUAGGAUACAUUAUUGCUUAUCUUUCCUUCCUACCAUCUAUUCACAUGUUUAGGCAAAGGCGGCGAAAGUAUGGCUCUGAAUCCGUCUCUCCAGAAGCACGCCUGUGGUGGCUUCUCUAUGUUAUUCCAUGUCUACCUAUUGGUCUGUUUGGAUUCGCAUGGACAAGUCUUGGUCCGCCGCAGGUUCACUGGAUUGCCCCAAUGAUUUUCACAGUGGUCAUUGGCAUUGCUAACUAUUCCAUCUACCAAUCUUCUAUCGAUUAUACCGUUGCUGCCUAUGGUACAUACGCAGCGUCUGCCACAGGCGGAAAUGACUUUGCUCGUGACUUCUUGGCAGGAAUUGCGGCUAUGUACUCUACACCAAUGUUUGAGAAUAUCGGCGGUACGCACUCAUAUGAAUACGCUUCGACGAUUCUCGCUUGCGUCUCUAUACUCGUCACAGUACCCAUAUACUACUUUUAUCGCAAUGGCCCAGCAAUUCGUGAGCGAUCACCGUUUGCCAAAGAAAUGAUGGAAUUGACAAAGAAACGACAAUUAUCUCGUGUCGCUAACGACGAGAAACAAAGAGGUCAAGACCAUCAAGUAGAGAAUGUACGCGAAUCGAGCGUCUAA